GGGGCGGCCCGAAUCGGGGUGCCUUUGUUAACCGGGGAGGGCGCGGCUGCCGGGAUUUUCGCUGCGGGCUUCACUGAGUUGGGCUUGGUCUCCAGAUUGGGGUCGAGAUGUCCUACGUCCCGGGCCAGCCGGUCACCGCCGUGGUGCAAAGAGUUGAAAUUCACAAGCUGCGUCAAGGUGAGAACUUAAUACUGGGCUUCAGCAUUGGAGGUGGAAUUGACCAGGAUCCCUCCCAAAAUCCGUUCUCAGAAGACAAGACAGACAAGGGCAUUUACGUCACACGAGUAUCUGAAGGAGGCCCUGCUGAAAUUGCUGGGCUGCAGAUUGGAGAUAAGAUUAUGCAGGUGAAUGGCUGGGACAUGACCAUGGUCACGCACGACCAAGCCCGGAAGCGGCUCACCAAGCGCUCGGAGGAGGUGGUGCGCCUGCUGGUGACACGGCAGUCACUGCAGAAGGCAGUGCAGCAGUCCAUGCUGUCCUAGCAGCCUGCCGUGGUCCCGGACUCGGGCCUGCCUGCCUACAGUGACCAUGUCCACGCUCUGUCAGCACCUCAUCCUGGCUUCUGCUAAGUACUGGCCCCUGGCUUGGAAGGGCCAGAGCUGGUCCCAGAGGCCUGUCCCUGGGACCUGACCCAGCCUUCUUUCCCCACCUCCCACCACUGGCCCCAGGCUCUGGGACCAGCUCUCAUCCUCAGAACUAUCAGGCUUUUGGCCUCCCCAGACCCUGGGGCUGUCUGGCCUUAGCAGUGCCCAGAUGGGCAGGAGGCUGGGGAAUGCUGGGUGGGGCCAGCCUUUCCCACACUGAGCCCUGGCUCCAGGGCUUGACCUUGCCCUGAAGUCUCAGCUCUGCAAUGACUAUACCCCAUGUUUUUUUCCUGCUUUCCCCAGCAGGGACUUGACACACAGCCAGAGACACUACAGAAGUUCAUCUGAACGGAAGCCAGGCAGGCUCACAGUUUACCCCAUGGCUUCCCCAGGGUUCACCUGCUUCAAAGAUUUAGAUGAAGUCCAAGGCUGACAUUUCAGGGCAGUUCUCAGGACUGCCAGUUCUUUCUAUACCUGUGGGUUUAACUUUAUAUUUUUUUAAUCACAACUUUGAUACAGAAGCAUUUUUACCUUACUAUUUGGAGAUGCCAAUUCUACUUUUGAAUUUAGCUUACUAAAUCACAUAUGGGAACAGCGUUGCUUUGGUUCCUGUGGAAAUGGGGUAGUAUGAAAUUGCCCCUGCCUGACAUCUUGGGCCCAAAUAAACAGUGCUGGAAUUUA